AUGAUCAGCGAAUACAAGCCAAAAUAUAAGUUGCUCCCAAUCUCAGAUUUCCUGUUUGAAGAUGCACAGCAGAAACUUGUACCAAUCCUGAAGUUCUUCUUUGUUGCAUUAUCUGAAGAACUUCACUUCAUCAACAUCCUGGAGCUAAAUGACACAAAGCUGACCUUUCUAUUACAUCAUUAUUUAUUGUCCCUGACAAGUAGACCAUAUAUGGAUAUGUUUCUGGAACCUAAAGAAGAAAAAAAAAAUUGCCAUAUAAUUUUCAAAGUCUUUCAGGACCAGCAUCAUUCCCUCUCCAUGCUUGGUCCUGAAGCCAUCUUGCUCCAGCAUGAUAUCAUGUCUCUCACCCUUGAUCUGAACUCAAGAAAAAUUGCUGAUACUGUGAUGCAGAUUCAUGCUUUGCAAAGGCAAAGGUGUCUGGUUUUCCAGGAUGGCCUGUUUGAUUAUGAAAAGACAUUGGGGCUUGAGGUUCCAUGGGCUGUGAACAUUGCAGGUGGUUCCCCAUGCCACUCCCAGCAGGCACACUGCAGCUCCCUUCCCUCCCACGUUUCUGGGCUUCCUUGCAAAACUCUGUGCACCCUUGAUGUAUUUGAAGCUGCUAUGAAUGCUGAUGCAACAUUUUCCAAUAAAAGCACGGGACUCUGCUUCAGAAGAUCUAUUUUCAGAUACCAUUAGCUCUCCCUUUUGUCUUGAGUAAAUCAUUUAACUCCUCUGUGUAUCAUUUUCUACAUUAGUGAAGUGGAAAUAAUCAAAUGCAUUAACUUCAGAGAACAGUCCAAAAUUCCUUGCAGAUGGGAAGCCAACAGGACUACUUAUAUGGAUAGAGACUGCUGAAUAAGACCUUAUUUAAUUAGUAUCUGUGAAAUCCUCAGAGGACAACCUCAUAUAAGUUUGAAUUUUAAUUACAGAAAUAAUACUGUACAGAAAUGAAAUCAUACAUUUGGGAGUUGAUUUUUUUCCCCAAUAAAACAAUAUUGUGGCUUUAUUACAACACAUCCAAAGCACAAUAAUAACAAUUAUGAUUUAUUAGCAUUGCAUCAGAUUGGCUAAUAUUUCCCCUGGGGCAUGCAAAGUUACAGAUCUGCAUUUUCAGCUUGACUCUGAGAGAUUUUAAUACAUUACAAAUGUCACCUGCAAAAAUAAAUAUGUAAAUUUUCACUAUUUUCUGGGACAGAUUUCAAUCUUAGACACUGCAUAUUAGAUCUAUUCACUUCCUUUAAAUAGAAGUGAUGGAAAUGGCCAACUCAUGCUGAUGGGGGGAGUCAGCUAGGGUCUCAAAAGCAAGGCACAGCAGAAGAGAUUUGAAUCUGGGAGAAGAAAAGAAGGAUGACCAUGUGAAAACAAACGAAAAAAUAAUCAGCAAGAUUGUUUUCUCCUUCAUAUUUCCUCAAAAUAGCCAGAAGAAGCCAGGUUAGAAAAGCACAUUUAAAAUUUCUUUCCUUCGUCUCUGCUUCCAUUAGCUGAAUUAAUUAUCCUGUCAUCACUACUAAGCUCUACUAAGCUCUACAUCACUUCAGCUCUACCAAGCUACACAGCUGAAUCUGGCAGCUGAGGCUGGAGGAAAAAACAAAGUUUGUUUGUGCAUCCCAGGAGAGCAGUGAGCUCGUUACUGACUCCCUCUGUGUGCAGAGCUGCCACAGAUGUGCCUCCACGUGGUGAGGCGCAGGUGAGAAUGCGCAUCAGCACAAGCUCUUGUCCAUAGCCUGUAUCUGCCAAUGGUGACUAACUCUGCUGCAUCCAAACACUUGGCACAUGUGUGGCUCUUCUGCAAGGAAGAAAAUACUGACUAGUUCUGGUAGUAACAGUUCCUGCACAGAAAAUCCUCAUAAUACCUUGCCUCAGAACAGUGUAUGUCUUUGUGCACCAAUUACCUCUAACUGCUGGCUUGUUACUUAGAUCUGGUCUGAAGUUUUUCCUGCAGAAAGAGAGCAAGAUAUUUUGAGUGGCACAUUUCUCUGAGAGAAUAGAGCUAGAGUACACACCCUUUACAAUCAUAUCCAGUGAGCAGAGGUUUGCAUUCAGUGUUGCCAUGCUGUGCUUCCAUCAGACAGCCCCAAAGAUUUAAAAUUUGCCAACACCAGAACCACAAGCGCCUCUCCUGCGCCUCCUGCUACACAAUCCACGUUCAAAUAAUGAGAAUAUAAAAACUCCCACAAGAAAAGAUGGUUUCAAUUUCCUUUGCUUUGGCUACAAUACCCUGAGAGAGGCAAGGAGCCAGAGGAACUUGUAUGGGAAAAGGUGCAGGAUGUCUCGCAUGCCUAGGGGUAAUGAAUAUGAUAUACAUUAUUCCUUACUCACUUU